GCUCAGUGUCUCACAGGUCGGUGCAGUGAGUGGAGAGAAGGUUAGCACUUGAGGGGAAAUCCGAAGACCUCCCAGACACUUCUCCCUCCAGAACGCGAAACGGAGAGCGCGCCAUGAACCCUUCCAACCUCCAGCCGACCAUCAUGGGGUUCUACAACAGUGUAGCCACUUGCUUCAGAAAAUACACAGUGGGAGCGCCAAUAGGCCCAAGACGCCGUGAUCCUGAGGGCGGUGUUGACACAGAAGUGGUUACUGAAGGUGUUCCUUCAGACCAAGCAACGUCUCAAGAAGAUGCCCUCCUGAAAGGAGCCGAAACCCUGCAAGAGCCGGAGGACCCUGUCCUACCCAGUGAACCAGAGCUUCCACCCGACGUACUUCAUAAGCACGACGAAAGCAUCGUUUUCAAAAUCUUAACGGAAGAAUAUUCAGACAGAGCAGUCGAUCUCCUAUGCAAUCACUUCUUCAAAGACGAACCUUUGGGCAAAGCUCUCUACCUUGACAGCCCAAGAGAAGUCGACCACUGGCUCUCCAAAGUUCUGCCACAUAUGAUCUCGCACGGGGUGUCCGUCAUGGCAAUAGACGAAGCAGCCGAAGGGCGACUCGUUGGCGUUGCUAUCAACAGCAUCAAAAGACGGGGAGACCCCCCGGGUCCUGAUGACUUCUUAGCUUGGAUCGACCCCAAAAAGGAUCCCAAGAUGUAUAGGAUAAUUUCCUUUUUGACACAACUAGCGGGAGACAUCGACUUUUAUGGAAACUACAAUGUCGAUAGGUUUCUGAGUUUCGAACUGCUGAACGUUGACAAAGAAUAUGGCGGUCGUGGCAUUGCAUCUAUGCUGGUGGAACAGAGCUGCAAUGUUGCCAGGAAACAGGAAUUCACUUGUUUGGUGGCAGAAACAACAGGAAUCUUUUCGGCCAAGAUCUUCGCCCGCCAUGCCUUCAAGACCAUCCGGGAGGUGCAAUAUUCCCAAUACCGUCAGAAUGGUCGUCUCUGCUUCCCCAAUACAGGAAUCCACACUUCGGCAAGAGUCUGCGUCAAGAUUUUACCCCCUAUAGAAGAAUCCACAACCUAGAUCCUCCAAUAGGACAUAGGCUCAAUCUAUAUCAAUAAUUCAUGAUGUCUUCAUUUCUAUUACAUUCUAUUUGGUUCACAGUUGAAGUUUACUAGAAAUAAUUGGAAGUGAUGUUGAUUUAUGCAUUUUGUGUAGAUAUAUAAUAUAAUAAUUAUAAUAACACGUAUUCCAAGAAUGAAUACAAAAUAACGAACUGUAUCGUCGAAGGCUUCAUCAUCAUUAAGCGAACCAUAGGAACGAACUUCAGCAAAAACCUCUUCAUUCCGUAGCACUUUUCAGAUAGUGAUGUCUGCUGCCGUCAGUUAAGCAACUGAAGUAGAUGUAUGAUUCCA